AUGGAGAGUAGGGUGUCGAUGACGAGCUUCGCGGUUAUGGCUGUCGUGAUGCUAGCGGCGGGUUCUUCGGAGGGAUACGAUUUUUACGUGGGGGGGAAAAACGGUUGGGUGCAGAGCCCCUCGGAGAGCUUCAACAGUUGGGCCGAGAGGAACAGAUUCCAGGUCAAUGACAGCCUUGGUAAGCCGGAUCCCCUCCAAAAUCCUUAUUUUCUGAUCGUCAUGACGGGAGUUUUGAUGUUGUUCCCUUCUCGGUUCGCAGUGUUCAGCUACAAGGGGGGAGAGGACUCGGUGUUGGUUGUGACUGAGGCAGACUACCAGUCGUGCACGACGGCCAAUCCGAUCGAAAGGCACAACAGCGGCCACACGGUUUUCAAGUUUGGUAGGUCGGGCCCCUCCUUCUUCAUCAGCGGCGUCCCUGGGAGGUGCCAGAAAGGCCAGAAGCUGAUCGUAGUUGUCCUAUCUCUCCGCAGCCCCAACAUCACGCCCUCUCCCACCGCCUCCCCCAACCCUUCGCCAGCCCCGCGAUCGGCUCCCACGCCUUCUCCCUCUCCUACACCUUCGCCUGCCGCGGUUCCUACGUCCUCUCCGACCUCGGCUCCCACAACUUCCUCCGCCGCUGUUCCUACGUCCUCCCCGACCGCGGCCCCGAGCCCUUCCCCGGCCGCAGCGCCUACGCCCUCCUCGUUUCCGGCUCCUAUGGCUUCCCCGUCCGCAGCACCUCUACCUUCUCCAUCGGCAGCGCCCUCGCCUUCCAAGUUCCAGCCGUCUCCUGAUCUGUCACCUUCCCCGUCUCCAUCGCCAACACACCCUGAGAAUGUCUCCUCCCCAUCCCCUGCGCCCGUCGAGUCGCCGGCGUCGGGGCCGCUCUCCUCUGCCCCGGGGUCGUCUCCUUCAGCGUCCUCUUACACCUACGCAUCUUUCUGGACGGUGGCCGCGGUUCUUUGUGUGGGACGGCUGCUCGCAUUGUAG